AUGGCCGGGUGUGAUAGUAAACAAGAACCUCAUAACAACAAUUCUGAAAGUACCGCUGCUAAAAGACAUAACAGAAUGGAAAAAAUCAACCCUCGAUGUUGUGAUUUUAAUGGACAACAAGUCAUCGACGCCACCGAUGUAGAUGUGAUAAACGUGGACUUGAUCAGAAAUGGUACAGUUUUAAUUGGAGAUUACUCGACUGUGAAAAUUUGCCAACAAUGUUUUCGUCGUCAGAAUUCGUCACAACGUUCAGAAAACAACACUCAAGGAUCAGCGGAUGGAAGCGAGGUGAAGAAACGCCGAAGAAAACGGCGAAAGAGAUCCUCGCACGAUCCAUCGACUUCUCGAAAAUGUGUCGAAGACGGAAAUUCGGCCGAUGGUGAAAACUCAGACGGCGAUGAAACUUCGACAUUCCAUGAUUUUCUUCACAAUGAUUCUGACGAUGAUUAG